GCUGUUUACUGCAACUAUUUGACAUCAUUGGGGUCUCUAACAAUGGAGUACAUCAGUUAUACGCUCUUGGUAUUAUCUUCAACUUUGUGCUUUCUACAUUCAAGCUACAGUAUUAAGGAAGAUGCAUCAUUGGAAAUCUAUAGUCUGCACGUCGACUGUAAAAUAACUUCUCGUUUUGCACACACUGUUAUAACCACAGAAGUUCAAAACCCAUUAAACACUUCACGGGAAGCCAUAUUUGAUGUGGAAUUGCCAAAGACAGCUUUCAUUACCAACUUCAUCAUGACUGUUGACAAUGUCACACAUGUUGGUACGGUAAAAGAGAAGGCUGAAGCUAAACAACAGUAUCAAAAGGCUGUUUCAAAGGGUCAAAGUGCUGGCCUUGUUCAGUCAACAGGAAGAAAAAUGGAACAUUUUAAAAUCUCUGUGAAUAUUGCUGCCUUUUCAACAGCAACUUUUAAGUUGACUUACGAAGAGCUACUGAAGCGCUAUCUUGGGAAUUAUGAAUUAUAUUUGAGAGUUAAGCCUAAGCAACUUGUACAGAACUUUCAAAUAAAUGCUGACAUAUUUGAACCUCAAGGAAUUAGAUUUUUAAAUGCUUACGGCACCUUUAUAACUAAUGAGUUAACCAAUGAAGUUAAAACAAACCUCACUGGAACCAAGGCUCAGAUUGUUUUCAAACCAACACUGGAACAACAGCGUACCUGUCCAGCUUGCCCAGAAACAUUAAUUGAUGGAGAUUUUAUAAUAAAAUAUGAUGUCAAUAGAAAUAUCUCUGCAGGAAAUAUACAGAUUGUGAAUGGAUAUUUUGUGCACUAUUUUGCACCUUCAACACUUAAAAAAGUUCCCAAGAAUGUAGUAUUUGUUAUUGAUCGCAGUGGGUCAAUGGAUGGACGUAAAAUACAGCAGACUUAUCAGGCUUUCAUAAAGAUACUUGGUGAUAUUCCAGUUGAAGAUUUUUUUGGAAUUAUAUUAUUUGAUGACAAGAUCGAAAGAUGGAGAGAAACUCUUGUUAAAGCUGUACCGCAAAACAUUCAAAAAGCAAAAGAGUUUGUGUCACACAUAUCUGCAAGAGGAGGUACCAAUAUAAAUAGUGCUUUACUCUCUGCGGUGCAAAUGCUUACAAAUGCCACAAUAAGUAGAGUCUUACCAGAAAUAAGCACCUCCAUUAUAUUAUUCCUUUCGGAUGGAGAACCAACAUCUGGUACCAUUAAUCAUAAAGAUAUUUUGAAUAAUAUUAGAAGAGCAAUUGAAAACAAAAGUACAUUAUACUGCUUAGGCUUUGGUAAUGAUGUAGAUCAUAACUUUUUGGAGAAAUUGGCAUUAGAAAACGGAGGUGUUGCCAGACGUAUAUACGAAGAUUCAGACUCCGCAUUACAGUUACAGGGUUUUUACAGUGAAGUUGCAUACCCAUUGCUUUUGGAUGUCAAUGUACAGUAUCUGGAUAAUGCAGUAGAUUAUCUAACACAGAGUAAUUUCAGACAUUAUUAUGAAGGUUCUGAACUAAUUGUUGCUGGGCAUAUAAGCAAUAAUGAUUUGGAUAUCUUGAAAGCAAACGUCACAGCACAAGGACUUUCAGAACAAUUUUCAGUGAAUUUAGACACGAACCUUAAAGAAGCUGAUGAAGUGUUUAAAGAGCAGAAAUACAUUUUUGGAGACUUCACAGAGAGAUUGUGGGCUUAUCUGACUAUAGAGCAACUCUUAACACAACAAAUAUCAGCCAAGGAAGAAGAUAAAAAUAGAGUUACAGAAAAAGCGCUGAAUCUCUCUUUGAAGUACAAUUUUGUGACUCCUCUAACUUCAAUGGUUGUUACAGCAUCUGAAGAAAAGGACGAGAGCAAAAAUUUAGUUGCAAACAAACCAAAAGAAGGAGAGAAUGAAGAACAAGAUGCCGAUGCAAGUCACUUUCAAUUAUUUUUUCGUGAAACUUUUUGGAAGCGGAAAACUGUUAUAGCUCUUCAAGUGCGGAAAUGA